AUGCCGAAUCGAAUUCUACCGAGAGAAGGGUUUACGGCCGACUUUGUCACAUCGAUUCUAGGAAACACUGUCUUCUCCCCCGUGAAAACCCUCCUAGCUGUUCUUUUAUUCCAAUAUGCGCCCUCCAACGCUCCCUACCUACCACAGAGACGCGACGGAGCCCUAAACUGGCUUCGCAUCGCUCUCGCACUGGGGUUAGUCAGCCGCGUGAACUCCUGGCUUGGUCGUCGCGUCAUAAAUCGUGGCACCGGUGAUAGAUAUGACUGGCCUCGCGAAAUCAUUGUAGUCACUGGUGGUAGUAACGGGUUCGGUAAAGAGCAGGUGUUGAUGUUGGCGGAGAGAGCGAAAUCUAAGAUUGCGAUUUUGGAUGUUAUUGCGCCUGAUUAUACGCUGCCGGCCGGUGUCAGGUAUUUCAAGUGCGAUAUCACCAGUUCUGAAGCUAUUGCAGCGGCCGCAGCGGAGAUUCGGACUGCAUUUGGUGGUGAUCCAACUAUCUUGAUCAAUAAUGCUGGUAUCAUCUAUGCUCGCCCGAUUCUGGAAAACACAGACAGGGAGAUCCAGAAGAUGUUUGAAGUUAAUACACUUGCGCAAUACAAGAUUUUGCGUCAAUUCCUCCCGGCCAUUAUAAACCGGAAUCAUGGUAUGAUUGUCACCGUUGCUUCGCAAGGUGGCAAUUGCACGACACCCGGUAUGACGGCUUAUUGCGCCAGCAAGGCGGCCACCAUCAAUCUUCACGAGGGCCUAACUUCAGAGCUUGUGACGCGAUAUAAUGCGCCCCGUGUGCGAACCGUCUUGGUUACUCCGGCGUAUGCGAAGACCUUUGUGACGCGCGACAUGAUCCCCCAGGACAGCUUCCUCAGUCCUUUGUUGGAGCCAGAAACCGUUGCAGAGGCUGUGGUUAACCAGAUGUUGAAAGGUAAGAGCGGCUAUGUCGGUGUCUCAGCCACGGCGGAUUGGAUCACUUUCAAUCUGCGUUCGAUGCCUAUGUGGAUUCAGACACGUCUCCGGGAUCGCUUAGAUCGGACUGUCCAGGCACCGGAGAAGAAACAUCCUUGGAUCUCACGAGAUGAGCGAUCGCAGCUGUGA